AUGGGAAGAAUAGCAACUACUGGUGAUUUCAACCUAACCAUGUCUUCUUUCAUCGAUAACAAGGGUGGAGCAAGAAACUUAAGAUUAGAGCAGACCCCAAGAUACCUUGAGAACUUAAACGUUUCCGGAAACUACGCUGAUCAGGCAGGCCAAAUGUAUGCUUAUGGUAAUGUCAUUUUUGAUCAUUCCAGUACAUCACCAGUUGUAAAUUGGUGCAAUUUCGAAGAAUGCCGUUCCUCAUGUGGUGUCGUUUACAACGCUUCCACUGCAGGAGACACUACCAUCAACCAUUGCAACUUUGUUGGCAAUCAAAUUGAUGGAUGGGGUGUAAUCGUCUGUGAGAAAUCAAACCCGAUUUCUAUAAAGGACACUAUCUUCUAUGGAAACAAGUACACUAACAUCCCACUUAUUUAUUCAAGAACGGCUGAUGUUAUCAUUAAUAACUGCUAUGUUGAUAACUCAGCUAUGCAGGGUGGCAAAGUUUCAAUCCAGAAGUAUAUGAUUACUUCAAAGAAGCCUUACGAAAUGAUUUUAUAUGCAACAGAAAAGAUCAAGGCCAUUGUUGCAUACAAUCCAGAUGGUAACACAAAUUCCAAUGGAAACAAUAAUGGAAACACAGGAAGCACAGGAAACAAUGAUGGAAAUCACGCAUCAACAGAAAAUGUCACUGCACAGACCGAUGGCCAGCCCACAAACCAAACAGAAGGAUUCUUCAUGAAGAAAGUUGGUCCUCUCAGAGUUUGGAUGGUCUUUGUCAUCGUUGGAUGCCUUCUUGUCGUAUUCAUCGUUUGCUUUGUUCUUUACAAGAAGAAACAUAAUCAUCACCAUCACCACCAUCAUCAUAAAGGAGAAGAUGAUGAUGACGAAGAAGAGGAUGAUGAAGAUGGUGAAGAAGAAAAUGCUGAGGUCGAAGAAGCACCUCAGCCAUAA